AUGCCAUCCACUGUCCAGUCCUCCAUCCCAUCAUUCCCACGCGAGAAUACGGAUGACCGGACCUCUCGUGUAGCGGACUAUGUGGAUGACAAGCUGCAAACUUUAGCCGAUUUGGAAGAUCUAGAUGCGCUGCUCUCAAAUGUCCGCCAACAGCAUGAGCUGCUCAAGCAACAGCUCGUUUCCGCCGAAUCAAGCCUCCAAGAGACCCAAUCGGCCUCCCAGAGUGGCUCCGAUGAUCUGAUCCAUCGCGGGGCGAACCUCACCGCCCGGCUUGGCAAGCUGGAUCAGGACCUCCUCACUGUGACGGGUUCAUCGGUUAGCGACGAUGCCAUGCAAAAGUUUGAGAAUAGCAUGGGCAAGUUACGGCAACUUGACAUAGCCGAUGGAUAUUUCCGACUGCUGAAAGACGUAGAUGAACUGAGUUCGCAAUGCCCGAAAGAACUUGAGAAGUCUCACCGGUCUGCACUCGACACUUUCCGCCGUCUGCAAACUCUCAACGCAGCUCUUGGGCCUCUGCAAGUGGACGCAGAAGGCGCCGCGCCACACCUGCUCGAUCAUGUUGCGGACAUCACCAGCUCAGUGCGUGGGACGAUAAAGGAAACGCUUGCCAAAGAACUCCGCAGUAUCCUGUCUGAGUGUGGCUGGCCGAGCAAGGAAGCCAUGGUUCCAAAUAAUCUGCGCGACCAGUUCGACGAGUCCGUGCGGAAACUAUUGGAUCUUCAGCUUCCUGAGCUAGGGAGCGAAGAUGGGAUGUCGAGAAGCAUGGCAGCGAGCAUGCAAAGAGGCAAAGGGAAGCAGGCAGCGGUGUUGCUGCCGAUCGAGGUCCUGGCCGCCCCGCUUGAAUUGCGUUUCCGGUACCACUUUACGACGGGACGUGCAACGGAUAGAAUUGACCAGCCGCAAAUGUUCCUAUCCGCAGUUUUGGACAUGCUGAGCACGCACGAGACAUUUGUGAUGGAGCAUGUGCAGCCGAUCUUAUCCGCAUACUUCGGUGAGCUUUCCACCAAGAACAACACGUUACUCAAAACAUAUGGCGAUGCGAUCUCGGCGUUCAUAACCACCCUCUUACCCAUGGUGAGAAAGAAAGUCAACGGAAUGCUACCAGGCAUCGACAAGGCUCCCCCUCAGCUGCUGAGUCACCUUGUCGACGAGCUUUUGACGUUCGACACUGCGCUCAGGGAUGACUGGCAAUAUGACGAACCCGGGAACGGAAAUGCCAAUGAAAACGGGUGGUGCGGAUUGGCUUGGGAAUUGUUGGUGCUCAAAGGCUAUUUCCCGAAAUGGUUACAGAUUGAGAAUGAUUUCGCUCUUGCGAGAUACGAGGAGAUUGUCAAUACCUCAGGAAGUUUCGAAAUCGAUUACGAGGGGGUGGACGCGAACGCUACAAAGCCAACCAAGGCAGCAAUCCGAUUACAUGACCUCCUGGAGAACACCACAGACAGGUACAGCCGCCUCCCCUCUUUCUCCCACCGUCUCCGCUUCCUCAUCGACAUUCAAAUCCAAAUGCUCGACCUCUUCCACAGCCGGCUCCACUCCUCUCUCGAAGCCUACCUCUCCAUGACCUCCGGUGUCCUCGGCCGCAGCGUCCAAGGCAUCAGCCGAGAAGAGCAAGCCCACCUUAUGGGCCUCGGCGGCCUCGACCGCCUAUGCCGCGUAUACGGGUCUGCUUCCUUCCUCGAGGCCGCGAUGCGUGAUUGGAGCGACGAGCCGCUUUUCCUAGACAUGUACCGCACGUUACAAGAGCGCGUCCGCGGCCGCGCCCCCUCGCCCUCGCCCCUUGCGAACGACACUAACGACAAUGACGAGCCGAAUCCGACCGCCGAGACCGACGCCGCCAUGACCUCCAGUAACCCCGCAAUCGCAGGUACCAUGACCGCCUCCGACAUCGCCGCCCGCACCUCUACCGCCGUACUCGCCGCCGCAGACGACGACCUCGCCCCCAGCACCGCCCCCCAGUCCCCCACCGCCUCCGUCUUCGACGAGACCGCCGGCGCCUAUAACCGCCUGUGCGCCCGCACCGAGGGCAUCCUCACCGACGCGGUGCUGCGGAACGUGCGGGAGGCACUGACCCCUUACCUCCGGACCGCGGGGGCGUCGUUCGCGUCGUUGUCGAGCAGUGGCGCCGUUUCGGGUCCGGCUCAUUCACCGGCGGGGUUCGAUCGGAAUAGCCCCGGGUCCCCCGACGUGCAGCCCGUUCUCGCGGCCAUUCGCUCGCAGCUUGGGUUCCUUGCGAGAGGGCUGGCGCCCGGUCCGGUGAGGCGGAUCGCGAGGCGGGUGGUGGCGACGGUGGACACGGCGAUGUGGAGUGCGUUGGUGGGAUGGCGGAUCAGUGGGGGAGGGGCGGCGGUGUUGAUGGGAGAUAUUGGGGCGUUAGCGGGGACGAUGGAAGGGCGGGGAGCUGGGGGGGUGGCGGGGACGGUGUUGAAGGGGGUGAGUGUGGAGUUGUUUUUGGAGGGGAAGAGUGGGGAGGCGGCGAGGGUGUUGGGUGUGAGGGUCAAGGGACGGGGGCUGAUGGAGGGGGAGAAGGAGGAGGAGGAGAGGAAGGGAUGGAAGGGGGAAGAGUUGGGGCUGUGGGAGGUGGAGAGGAGGUUGUUUGCGGAUAAUGAGAGUGCCAGAAGGGUGUUGGAGGAGAUGGAGAUUGUGAAGUUGAGCGUGGCUCAGGCAAGGCAGGCGUUGAGGUGUCGAGUGGAAUUGGGUAGUUGA